AUGGAAGUAUCCUAUGUUACGAAACGUAAAAAAAUCAGACAAUCGCCACAACGUUCUAACUCUCAAUACAAAGUCGAUAACACAGACCUCACAGAAUGCAAACUACGUAAUAUUAUACAGCAAGAGUUAGCCACAACAAUCCAGAACUUAGUAACAACGCAGCUUAAUACUAUGAAUGACCAAAUAAACGGUUUUUGUGAAUCACUGAACUUUAUUAACGAGCAGUAUGAACAAAUGAAAGCAAAACUUGAGGAAAAAUCCAACAUAGUCGACCAACUAAAACGUGAAAACGAUAACCUUAAAGCCUCAGUUAAAGACCUUACGUCCCGAUUAAAUACUGUUGAAGUACACAUGAGGGAGAACAACAUCGAAAUAAACGGUAUUCCUGAAAAUAAAAGCGAAAAUUUAUCAAGUAACGCGCUCGCUUGGGAAACCGAG